AGCAAUCUGUUGUGUGAACCAAGGGACUCGCCCCUUUCCCCCGCUGGGAGAAAAGGUGACGAGGGUUUUAUAAAGGCAACCGAGGUCCAGGGAGAUCUGGGGAGAUCAAGCGGAGACGGGAGGUAUGCCCGCCAUGCAUCCCACAGGGCAAGAUGCCCUGUGUGGAAGGUGGUCGCUCUCUGCGGGCGAGAGGGAGAGACGGCCCAGGCUAGGGCUACCCCGCUGGGAGGAUGCAAAAGACAAGCCGGAGCCGCCGCCGGGCCAAAAGGGUGUAUGUGUGUGUGUGGAGAGCCGUGGCUGCUCGAACUGCCUUCCUCUUCCUGUCUGCAAAGGCAGGGUGGAUCCCUUGCUUGCGAGGAGCCGCCUCCGCCUCUCCGCCUUGCCCAUUGGGCCGCGGUGUGGCUGCUUCCACCCUUCCUCGAAAAGAACCAUUCUGGGGGUUGAUGGAUGUGACGUUCCGGGUGGCGAUUGGCCACGGCAGAUGUCUGCCCGGACCCCUUUCUCCAUGCCCCGCCCACGACAUUACUACUGACUAACAACUGUUCAUGUGAACACUCGCUGGUGCCAAAGGUUCCAUCUUGGCUGGCUUUUUUUUGUCCCCUUCUUUUCUAAGCAGACUCUGUGUGUGUGAUUUCCUUGCAAAGGUAGCUUCCAGGUCUUCUGAGGAAAGUUUUGGCAGUGUAAAGAGAUCUAGAGAUCUGGAGCCUUUUUGGACUUUGGGGCUGGCCUGUGUUGGACUAGGGCAAAACAGACAUGCCACAUACCCCACGCCAACGCUUGCAGCCUCGGGCGCCGGUGUGGUCAGAAACGGAAACCCGUGAUUUCCUGGCCCUCUGGGGUGAACUCCUGAUUCUAAGGUGGAUUGAAAACCGGCCACCUAACAGUGAUAUCUAUGAGGACCUCUCGGCACAGAUGAUGGCCAGAGGUCACGAACGCAAUGCUUCGCAAUGUAGAAACAGGGCCCGGGAUCUGAAGCGGAGUUAUCGGCGGGCAAAAGAUGCGCAAGUAUGUGCCGGAGCCGAGCCCGUUUCUUGUCGCUACUUUCGAGAGUUGGAUCAGAUGUUUGGUGGUGAAAUGGACGGGGCUGCGAAUAACCGAAGCCUGUCAAACAUGGAUGGGUCCAUGCGCGUCGUCGUGAAAACUGAGGAUGCUGAAGACAUGGAGGCUCAAGUCUCAGAGGAAGAGGGCAACCAAAUGACCCCACCAAACACCCUCUCGAGCAUGGAUGCUGAUACCGAUACUGAAACAGAGCCAAAUUUGGGGAUCUCCCGAGAUCUGGUGGCCGUGGACCCGGAUGUGAUUGAAACCACCAUCGGAGAGGAAGGUAUCGAACUCAAAACAGGGCACUUGUGCAGACAACCAAUUGCUGGUCCCAGUGAAGAUGGACACCAUACUGUUACUGGCCGAGGCCGGCGGGACAACCUGCUAGGACGCCCCCUGACAACAGCCGAGAGAAUGGCAUCCAUGCGGGAGAGGAAGAGGCGGUCCCAUGAAGAAAUGAUGCAUGAGAUCAUGACUGACUAUCGGCGCACCUGGGAGACCAUGGAGGCCCUUCACGAGAGAGGCGAAAUCAGUGCAGGAGAGUUUCGUGAGGCGAUGCUGAGGGAAAUGCUCCUGGACAGGGAGGCCCGAACACGGGAGGCUCAGCUAGAUCGUGAAUCGCGGGCUAGGGAGGCCCAGUUGGAUAGAGAGGCCAGGGCCCGGGACUGCCAGCUGGAGAGAGAAAUUAGGAUUAAGGAGCUCAAUAUGAUUGAGGCAGAGCUCCAGCGUACCAGGGAUAUUCUCCAUCCCAUGGUUGAUGCCGUGGUGUCUGUGGCUGAGGUCUUGCGUACAACAGGCAGUAUCGUGAAGCAGUCUUGCCAGCCACAGCAAAGUGGAGAGGGACCAUUUUUGGAGUUGGACAAGAGCAAAUAAUUUCCCUUCUUCCUGGUAGUAGUAUAUAGUUACUGUGUUGGACAGAAUCAAAGGGGUGGCAAGGAGGGAAAGAGAAAAUGUGGCUUCUUCGGGAAUUCUAAACACUAAAAUGAUGUCUGUUUCUUCUGGA